UUAUCCAUAAGCAAGCUUUGCGGGGUCGGAAACAAUCUGCGUUGGUGCUGGGUUUGUUGGUUGUGGGUGUGCGGGAGUCGAGGCCAUCCUGGUGCAGAUGUGCUAGGCUCACCGACUGCAUCUCGGCACUUUCGCUAUAUCUGCGGCGUGAGAACUGAUUUCUCCCAACUUCGAUGAUCGCAUGCCCAGCUUCUUGGCAUCCAGCUGGCCAAGAUGUCAAAAGUCUUGAGAGACUGGAAGAAAUACUCUGUGCUGGCCGUUCUCGUCCUACAGAAUUCGGCACUCACGUUGACUUUACAUCAUACACGAGUGAGACCCGUGGAUGGCAACGGGAGAUAUCUAGCAUCUACAGCGAUUCUCUUGGUAGAAGUGAUUAAGCUCAUCGUCAGCUUUGGAUUGAGCUUUCAUGAGACAUGCCGAAACCAUCCUUCAGACUCUCCACCGAAGGUUCUUACCCGACUUUUCAAAGAGGUCUUCGCAGGUGACGGCUGGAAACUCAGUGUACCAGCCGUACUGUACACGCUUCAAAGCUCUCUCUUAUAUAGAGCAAUCAGCAACUUGAACGUGGCGACCUUUCAGGUGACAUAUCAGCUGAGAAUCCUGACCACGGCACUAUUCAGUGUCUUGUUGUUAAGAAGACAGCUAUCUGUCACGAAAUGGCUGGCUUUGUUCCUUCUCACUUUUGGAAUUGCUGUUGUCCAGGUUCCCGAAGCAAGUCUUCGAGCAAAGUCUUUGCUCAGCCUGCUAUCGCCUCACGAAGAGACCUCGGAGCUCAUGGUCAGAGACGAAAAGGUCAAGAGGACAAUGGCCAUACCUGGACCUGCUAUGAACGCUUCACUUGGACUGGCAGCUGUGCUGGCUGCUUCCGUCACCUCCGGACUCACUGGCGUCUACUUUGAGAAAGUGGUCAAGAAUCCCUCUGUUACGGUCUCGAUAUGGACUCGGAAUAUUCAACUAUCUUUCUAUUCGCUUUUCCCGGCGCUUUUCCUUGGAGUCAUAUACACCGAUGGUCAAGAGAUCUCCAAAAAUGGCUUCUUUGUCGGAUACAAUAGUCUCGUCUGGACGACGAUCUUCUUGCAGGUUCUUGGUGGAUUCACAGCUGGAUUAUGUAUCGUUCAUUUGGACAAUAUCGCGAAGAACUUUGCGCUGUGUGUCAGUAUCAUCGUUAGCCUGCUGUUCGAUAUUUAUGUGUUUGGAUCCUCUGUCCCAAUCAACUUUGUUUUUGGUGCUGCGAUCGUCAUGUUUGCACUGUACUUGUACAGUAGACAGCUUCCGCUCGGGAAGUGAUCAUUGCUCAAGGGA